GCAGCGUUUCGGGAGGGCUCAUACCCACAGUCCCACUUGAGCAGAGUAUCGUGGUGAUCGCCAGAUUCGCCACUGAUCCUCGACCUUGACCUCAACCCCCUGUUGUUGCCUCCGCAGAGCUCCGACCCCACAUCAAUGGCGAUCAUAACUGAAGAAAUCGACGAAAACCCUCGUUCUAAACCGACCCGCGAAACCCCUAAACCAACCCAUAAAACCCCCAAACCACCCCCAACGUCAACCUCACCAAAUCCAUUCUCCUUCUGGUUUUACUUCACUCUCUCAGUUUCUCUUGCCACUUUCCUCUUCUCCUCUCUUCCUUCUCUCUCUCCCCAAGAUCCCAAAUCAUGGUUCCUCUCUCUCCCCACCAACCUCCGCCACCACUACUCCAAGGGUCGAAUCAUCAAGGUCCAGACCGACGCACACCAUCCCCCAUUUGAAGUCUUCACGGUCCAAGAAGGCGCCAAAUCAUCUGAGAAUGUAGUGAUCGUUCACGGUUUGGGGUCUAGUUCGUAUGCCUUUCGCAAUGUUAUCCAAUAUUUGGGGUCCAGAGGGGUUCAUGCUGUUGGUGUUGAUCUCCCUGGUUCUGGGUUUUCUGAUAAAUCGGUGUUGGUGGAGGAAAUGGGAGAUGGUGGGGUUUUAGGGAGGUUUUCGGAGGUUUAUAGUCUUAUUCAAGAAAAGGGCUUCUUUUGGGCUUUUGAUCAUCUUGUUGAAACUGGGCAGAUGCCAUAUGAGGAAAUUCAGAUUCAGGUUUCCAAGAGAAAGAGUGUUAAAGUAUUGGAAUUGGGCCCUGAAGAAAUGGGUAGGGUUUUGGGCCAGGUGAUAGAUUCACUGGGGUUGGCUCCAGUGCAUCUUGUUCUGCAUGAUUCUGCAUUAGGAAUUUAUGCGAACUGGGUUUCGGAGAAUUCGGGUGUGGUGAGGAGUGUGACGCUUGUUGAUACCAUGCUAGGGGCCUCGGCUUUGCCACUAUGGCCACUGGGCGUCCCAGUGGUUAGGGAGGUGGUACUUGGGUUUGAGUUUGUGUUUGCAAGGCUUCUCAACUUGUGUUGUGUGAGAAAGAUUCCUAUUUCAGAUGUGGAGGCACAUAGAGUUCUUUUGAAGGGUAGGGAUGGAGCUAGAGCAGUUGUUGGAACAGGGAAGAAGUUGAAUUCUAGCUUUGAUUUGCAGGAAUGGGGUGAUUCGGAAGGGUUGAAAGGUUUGCCAGUGCAAGUGCUUUGGUCUAGUGGUUGGUCCAAAGAAUGGAGUGAAGGGGGCCGGAAGGUUGCUGAUGCGCUUCCACAUGCUACAUUCAUCACUCAUUCCGGUAGCAGAUGGCCUCAGGAAGAUGCAGCUGAUGAGCUGGCUGAAAACAUUCUUCGAUUUGUGUCCUCAUUACCAAAAUCUGUCAGACAAGUUGAGGAAGAGCCUGUGCCCGAGCAUAUCCAGAAGAUGCUCGAUGAAGCCCAAGGCGGUGACCAUCAUCACCAUCACCAUCACCAUGAUCAUGGUGCCCAUGGUCAUGCUCAUGAUCAUUCAGACGGUUACAUGAAUGCAUAUGGGCUUGGUCAUGGGUGGGCGAGUUGAUCCAUUUCCUACUAACAUUCACAAGUGAACCCUACCAGGCAUGAGCUUCCCUCAGAUCCCUGGGUGUUGCUUCUCUGGUAUCAUACUGUGCCAUUCUCUUCCAAGUUCUCUAUGCCAGAAUCAUAGUGAGAGAGAUUGUUGUUUUGAAGCUUUGAAGCUUUUGACUUAUCAGUGAAUGUUUGUGAAGACCAGCUUAUCUAUCAAAUUGGGUAGUCUUCUGAUUUUUCUUCACUUACAAGUUACAUCUAGUUUGUUGUUUUCUGUACUUUGUAAGUUUGUAACUAAGCUCUUUGGUUGCAAUGAGACACUGGUUGACUCAAGCUUGUCUGGAUUCUAUUAUUUCUGAAAGUGUGAUACCCAUGAUUUUGGAAUGAUUAUGAUCAUCUAUUUAUAUUUA